UUUGUCCCGCCCACCGCCGCCAGCCCGGUUCCAUUUCCGGCUGGCUGGGCACUGGGGUCCAGAAAGUGAUCGCUGCCGUGGUCGCCAUGGGGAAGUCGGAUUUUCUUACUCCCAAGGCUAUCGCCAACAGGAUCAAGUCCAAGGGGCUGCAGAAGCUGCGCUGGUAUUGCCAGAUGUGCCAGAAGCAGUGCCGGGACGAGGUGAGUGGGCCCGGGCUGGCCCGUCUUCCCAGGAGGGCCCCUGGGAGUCCAGGAUCAGGUCCUGGAUGCGGGCCCGAGGGCUGCCAGGAAUUCCGAAAUGACUUCCUAGAACUUCUCAGGAGACGCUUUGGCACUAAAAGGGUCCACAACAACAUUGUCUACAAUGAAUACAUCAGCCACCGAGAACACAUCCACAUGAAUGCCACUCAAUGGGAAACUCUGACCGAUUUUACCAAGUGGCUGGGCAGAGAAGGCUUGUGCAAAGUGGACGAGACGCCAAAAGGCUGGUAUAUUCAGUACAUAGACAGGGACCCAGAAACUAUCCGCCGGCAGCUGGAACUGGAGAAAAAGAAAAAGCAGGACCUUGAUGAUGAAGAAAAAACUGCCAAAUUUAUUGAAGAACAAGUGAGGAGAGGUCUGGAAGGGAAGGAACAGGAGGUCCCCACUUUUACGGAAUUAAGCAGAGAAAACGAUGAAGAGAAAGUCACGUUUAAUUUGAGUAAAGGAGCAUGUUCAUCUGGAGCAACAUCUUCCAAGUCAAGUACUCUGGGACCAAGCGCACUGAAGACUAUAGGAAGUUCAGCAUCAGUGAAAAGAAAAGAAUCUUCCCAGAGCUCAGCUCAGUCCAAAGAAAAGAAAAAAAAGAAAUCUGCAUUGGAUGAAAUCAUGGAGAUUGAAGAGGAAAAGAAAAGAACUGCCCGAACAGACUACUGGCUACAGCCUGAAAUUGUUGUGAAAAUUAUAACCAAAAAACUGGGAGAGAAAUAUCAUAAGAAAAAGGGUAUUGUAAAGGAAGUAAUUGACAAAUAUACAGCUGUUGUAAAGAUGAUUGAUUCUGGAGACAAGCUGAAACUUGACCAGACUCAUUUAGAGACAGUAAUUCCAGCACCAGGAAAAAGAAUUCUAGUUUUAAAUGGAGGCUACAGAGGAAAUGAAGGUACCCUAGAAUCCAUCAAUGAGAAGACUUUUUCAGCUACUAUAGUCAUUGAAACUGGCCCUUUAAAAGGACGCAGAGUUGAAGGAAUUCAAUAUGAAGACAUUUCUAAGCUUGCCUGAGUUUGAAAGUUUGUUAACAAUGCAUUAAAAUCUUAAAGCAUCAAAUUGGUGUUCACCAAGGCAUUAUGAGACUCUACUGUGUUAGGGUAUUCUUUUGUAUAAAAGAAACAGGUUUUUGAAAAUAUUACUGUAUAGUUGUUCAGCUAAACUUUGAGAAAAAUUUAAUUAUGUCUCACAAAGUAUCAAAACUAUGUAAUUUUGUCCUUAUUUUUGUUUCCUUUGUAAUUUACUUCAUGAUUUUAUAUCUUCAUUAAAGAAUGUUGUAAAGUG